AUGAGUGGGCAUGUAACGAAUACCUUGGAGGCUGCUGGUCACGGAGCAGAGGUAGCCAGUACAGCAGAAGGCGAGCUUGGACUUGGCUACUCACUGGUUGCGGGAUACUGGACUCUCUUCCAUACAGCUGAGAGGGGAAACUAUUUCCAACUCCCAAAUGAGCAUAAUGAGGUUUCGGAGGAGAGCCUGGUGCAAAACUUUCCGAAGGUGGAUUCCUCAAGGGUGGAGGGACUUCAGGAUGGAAAGCUGACUAGGUUUUGGGUUUCAAAGAGGUGGUCGGUGAUGUGAAGACAAGACUUACAGAUUGAUGGCUGUUCCGUGACUCAUUUGCAUGCUCUUUGCUAA